GCAGAAUAAAAAUCAAUAAAAUGUAUUUUUGUUUUGAUUUUCAUUUUGUGUCGCAUUCAUACACAUAAUGCAAUGCUUUCGUACAGAAUCUAUUGGUAAAUAAAUAUCUUGACUUUUUUCAUAACUUGUGUAUUACAUAACUUUGAGUGAAGUUUUCAAAACUCAGCAUAUAUUCAUAAUAAAAACUGUGUUCAUUACAUGAACAUAUAAUGGGUUUUGAGAUGACCAGGUUUGAAUUACUAAUGGAACCGAAAGAGUAUUACAGAAAUGGCGAUCGAGUUAACUGUAUGUUAAUCAUAGAAUUAGUGGGACUUUUGAAAUGCAAACACAUAUUCAUUACAGCCAUCGGUGAAGUGAUCGCUCUGUUUCCCGAACAAGCUCGUGACCUUGGUACCACUCGGUUCAUGUCCAUUCCACUCAAUCUAAGAGAUUUAGUAAGAAAUGAUGUGUUGAAGACAGGUCUCUAUCGGAUUCCCUUUGACUUUUAUUUGCAAAAUGCAUAUUUGCCGACAUUUAAAGUGAGAAACGGCAGCAUUUCAUACUAUGUGGAGACAAUCGUCGACGACCAACUGUUUUAUGAAAUUAAUUACACCACAAGACAAGAGUUUAAUGUCAAAACACAUUCAAAUAGACCCGUGGCAUCCGUACGGGAAAAGUUGAUCCGCUUUUUUGGUAUAAAAAUAGGUGCCGUCCGGUUGUCCGCACAUAUGGACCGAAACAGAUACUUUUGCGGCGAAAUAAUAAACAUCAACUUUCAUAUGAAUAACCGGUCCUCAAAAACAAUACGCUUUUUGCCGCAAAUGGUUAGGCGGACAGCCUUUAAGAAAAAAUACAUAUAUCUGGAGAGUCAGGAACUGAUUGCCAGUAAUUAUGCCGAUCCCUGUCUAGAGAACAGUUCCCAAUCGGACAUUGUAUUCAUUCCCAUA